GGCGUUGAUGCCAGGUGUUUACAAGCAUUUCUCUAUCGGCAGGAUCGUUAUCCACUCACAGGAGAAAGAAAACUCGGAUCCAGAUUAUAUUCCCAUCAACAGCCGCUUUAAAUGCGUACAAGAGGCAGAAGAAACUCUGCUGAUUGAUAUAGCUACAAACACGGGCUGCAAGGUCCGGAUACAAGGGGACGAAACACCGGAGCGGCUCUUCGAGAUCCCUGAUGAGGAGCACUGCUUGGGAUUCCUAUCGGAAGUACAGAGCAUCCAGGAAGGAGCUCUAGGUUUUGAGGAUGACUUCAAUACUCUGAGCCUGGAAGAGAGAAGGAACAUGCAAAAUCACCAAACAGGAUCUCGCCGGGAGCCUCCACCUCCUCCUGUUCCUCAGAACAGGCAAUUUCACCGAGAGAGAGAAGGUACAUCGAGAGAUCAACCCAAAGUGACCAACACGAUGCGCAAGAUGUUUUCACCCAACACACAGUCAGGGCAGAGAGAGAGGCUCAUCAAACACGUGCUGGUCUGUAAAAGGUCUCUGUUCUGAGGUUCAGUUAACCUGCUUUUGUGUUGUAGGUUUUUUGUGGGAACAUGGAAUGUGAACGGGCAGUCUCCUGACAGCAGCUUGGAGCCAUGGCUUGUGUGUGACAUGGAGCCUCCAGACUUCUACUGCAUCGGGUUCCAGGAACUGGACCUCAGCACGGAAGCUUUUUUCUACCUUGAUUCAACGAAGGAGCAGGAGUGGCUGGCUGCUGUGGAGAGGGCCCUGCACCCUCAGGCCAAGUACAAGAAAGUGCAAAUGGUCCGCCUGGUUGGGAUGAUGUUGCUCGUAUUUGCUAAGAAGGAUCAUCUGAGCAAUAUCAGAGAGAUCGUGACGGAGUCUGUGGGCACAGGAGUCAUGGGAAAGAUGGGCAACAAGGGUGGUGUGGCCAUCAGGUUUGUGUUCCACAACACCACCUUCUGCGUUGUCAACUCCCACCUGGCUGCCCACGUGGAGGACUUUGAGCGCCGAAACCAGGAUUAUAAGGACAUCUGUGCACGGAUGAGCUUUGUGACCCCCGAUGACAGCCUACCUCAGCUCAACAUCAUGAAGCAUGAUGUUGUCAUCUGGCUGGGAGAUCUGAACUACAGGCUGUGUCUGCCAGAUGCCAGUGAGGUGAAGAGUCUCAUCAGCAAGAACGAGCUGCAGAAGCUGCUGACAUAUGACCAGCUGAAUAUUCAGCGCACCCAGAAGAAAGCAUUUGCAGAUUUCAUCGAGGGAGAUAUUAAAUUCAUCCCCACGUAUAAAUAUGACUCUAAAACAGAUCGCUGGGACUCCAGUGGGAAGUGUCGCGUGCCAGCGUGGUGUGAUCGGAUCCUUUGGAGAGGAGGGAAUGUCAAUCAACUCCGGUAUGGCAGUCACAUGGACCUGAAGACCAGUGACCACAAGCCUGUCAGUGCACUUUUCUGCAUUGGGGUGAAAGUUGUGGAUGAGCAGAAGUAUCGGAAGCUGUUUGAAGACAUUGUUCGUUUAAUGGACAAGAUGGAGAAUGACUUUCUUCCCUCACUGGAGCUGAGCAAGAGAGAGUUUGAGUUUGAGAAUGUGAAGUUCCGUCAGCUGCAGAAGCAGAAGUUCCAGAUCACCAAUAAUGGGCAGGUCACCUGUCACUUCUCCUUCAUCCCAAAGCUCAGUGAUAAACACUACUGCAAGCCAUGGCUUCGGGCUGAGCCCUGUGAAGGUUACCUGGAGCCAGAUGAGAGCAUGGAAAUCUCCCUGGACGUGUAUGUCAGCAAAGACUCGGUCACCCUCUUGAAUUCCGGCGAGGAUAAAAUUGAGGAUAUUCUUGUCCUGCACUUAGACCGAGGGAAGGACUACUUUCUGACCAUCAGUGGGACCUACCUGCCCAGCUGCUUUGGCACCUCUCUCGAGGCCUUGUGCCGAAUGAGGCGACCGAUCCGAGAAGUCCCAGUCACCAAACUCAUAGACCUGGGAGAAGACAGCUUCUUAGAAAAGGAGAAAUCCGUCCUGCACAUGGUUUCCCUGGACAGUGAAGACGCAGGUGAGAUGCCGCUGCAGGUGCCAAAGGAGAUCUGGCUCUUGGUGGAUCACCUGUUCAAGCAUGCCUGUCACCAGGAGGACCUGUUCCAGACUCCAGGCAUGCAGGAAGAGUUGGAGCAGAUCAUUGAAUGCCUGGACACCAACAUACCUGAGACAAUCCCGGGCAGUAAUCAUUCUGUGGCUGAAGCUCUCCUCAUCUUCCUGGAGGCUCUGCCGGAGCCCGUGAUCUGCUACGAGCUGUACCAGCGGUGCCUGGAGUGGUCACACAACAGCCGCCUGUGUCGACAGGUGAUCCUUCAGCUGCCUCGCUGCCACCGCAGUGUGUUUCGGUACCUAAUGUCCUUCCUCCGGGAGCUGCUCAGGUACUCGGAGGACAACAACGUCAGUGUCACCAUGAUUGCUGCCCUAUUCUCCAGCCUCCUCCUGCGCCCUCCGCCCAACCUAAUGGCCAAACAGACCCCGCAGGACCGCCAGCGUGCCAUCAACUUCCUCUGCAGCUUCCUGCUCACCGGAGAUGAGGAGUGA